AUGCCUCCUCGGAAAAAGGCCAAGCGUGCACACUCCAUCACUCCCCUGGAGGACACGACGGCGCAAUCCAGCGCGAACACCCCCGGAUCGAGCGACAGCACCGGGAAGCCCGAGCCCGAAUAUGACUUGAUUGGCGAUCCCUGGACAGAUGAUCAGGAGACAGCCUUGCUGAAGGCAAUAAUUAAAUGGAAGCCCGUUGGUGUCCACAAGCAUUUCCGCAUGCUUGCAAUUGCAGACUACUUGAAGAGCCAAGGAUAUGCACCCUCGUCGGCAGAACACAUGCGCAUUCCCGGGAUAUGGAAGAAGUUGGCCACCUUAUACAACCUGGAAGCUUUGGAUGAGCGGGAGAACGCGGUGUUUACAGACGUGAAUGAAGAUGACGAUGAGCCGAGCGAGAUGUACUGGUCCUUUGAGCUCCCCUACGACGAGUAUGGCGAUCUUAUGUUCGAGAGACGGCUAGCAACGGAAGGAUCCUUGUCGCCUGUGACCAGUCGCCACGCUGAGUCUCGACGAGGAAGCACGGUAGCAGACACAGAUGAACCGCGCUCCUCCCCCGCUCCGUCGCGAGGCCGAAAGUUCAACCGCAGCACUCGCCAAGUCGCACGGGAAACACGAUCGUCAAGACUCCAAGUCGAUAUUGGUUCGGGUAGCCAGGGAAAGGCAUCCGACGAGGACGUUGAUUCGGGAGAGGAGUCCGAUGCGCCUGAAGAGGGUGAAGACGAGGAGGGUGAAGAGGCCAGCGAUGGCGGCAAGGACAGUGAGGCGGAGGAAGAAGAAGAGAGUGACAAAGGAGGAGCGCGAAGUACGAGGGCACAAGCAUCGCGGUCCAAGAAAAAGGACACCAAAAGGGCGUCAACGAGCACAGCAACCCGCCGCACCGGUCGCCGACGUUGA